AUGGGUGAGUUUCAAGAGAAGCUUGUGUCAUUGUAUAGGAGCAAAUGGCUUGUGUUUGUGGCCGCAAUGUGGUUACAAUCAUGUGGGGGGAUAGGGUACUUGUUUGGGAGCAUAUCACCGGUGAUAAAAGAAUCCCUUAAUUAUAACCAGAAGCAACUUUCUAUGGUUGGUAUGGCCAAAGAUCUUGGUGACUCUGUUGGGUUUGUCACUGGUAUUUUAUGUGAAAUCUUGCCCCUUUGGGGUGCAAUUCUUGUUGGUUCUCUCCUCAUCCUUUUUGGCUAUGGCUAGGUUUGGUUGCUUGUCACUAGAAAAGUAGCACCUCUACCCUUAUGGGCUAUUUGUGCUCUAAUAUUUAUCGGAACAAAUGGCGAAACGUACUUCAACAGUGUCCUGGUGUCAUGUGUCCAAAAUUUUCCAAAAAGCCGAGGUCCUGUGGUUGGAAUUCCGAAGGAAUUUGCAGGACUUAGUGGUGCAAUAUUAACACAAAUAUAUGCAGUAAUCCAUUCCCCUGACCACACAUCAUUGAUAUUUAUGGUCGAUGUUGGUCCAGCCAUGGUGGGAGUAGGCCUAAUGUUCAUUGUUCAACCAGUUGGAGGGCGCAAACAAGUGCGUCUAUGUCCAUCUGAUGACAAAAACUUCGCAUUCAUCUAUGGAGUGUGCCUCCUAUUGGCUGCUUACUUGAUGGGAGUCAUGAUUGUCCAUGAUCUAGUUUACUUGAGUAACACGGGAAUCACUAUUUUCACAAUCAUCUUAUUCUUGAUCUUCUUUGUCCCCUUUGCCAUUCCCAUUUUGCUAGCUUUUGGCAAAAGUUAGAAGCCGAAACCUCCAGAGGAAGAGGCAUUUCUUCCUAUGGCGCAAAGUAAUAAGCCCAUGCAAGAGUUUGAGGAGGCAUUGUUAAGUGAGGUGGAAGAGGAAAAGCCCAAGGAAGUGGACUUUCUUUCGGCGCAAGAAAGGCGAAAGCGAAUGGUGCAGUUGCAAUCGAAGCUAGUCUAAGCAGCAGCAGAAGGAGCAGUGAGAGUUAAGAGGAGGAGAGGGCCCCACAGAGGAGAGGAUUUUACUUUGAGACAAGCUUUGAUUAAAGCAGACUUUUGGCUUCUCUUCAUUUCCAUGAUCAUGGGCUCUGGAUCUGGCUUAACAGUAAUUGACAAUCUGCGUCAGAUAAGCCAGUCUCUUGGAUAUAAAAAAGCACAUAUUUUUAUUUCCUUGGUUAGUAUUUGGAACUUCCUCGGUCGUGUUGGAGGAGGUUACGUCUCUGAGCUUCUUGUCGGGGAUUAUGCGUAUCCAAGACCAGCUGCUCUCGCAGUGUUUCAACUUAUCAUGACCUUUGGGCAUGUCUUCAUUACCAUGGGAUGGCCAGGGUCCAUGUAUGUCAGCACUCUACUCAUUAUACUUGGUUACGGUGCUCAUUGGGCAAUUGUUCCUGCCACUGCCUCUGAAUUAUUUGGUUUGAGAAACUUCGGUUCCUUGUACAAUUUUAUUACUCUGUCAAACCCCAUGGGAACUCUUGUCUUCUCGAGUAUCAUUGCAAGCAAAAUCUAUGAUUAUGAGGCAGAGAAACAAGCUCGAGGUCUUCAUGCUAGUGACCCACUAGAGUGUAAUGGUUCCAUAUGCUUUUUCCUCACUUCCAUCAUCAUGGCUGGGUUAUGUAUCGUGGGGGCACUCUUAUGCAUGGUUCUAGUGUUCCGAACAAAGAUUGUUUACGCCAACCUAUAUCGUAAAUCUUCUCGCCAUAAUUUUCGAUAG